CUCUUUUAAUUAUUCAUUGGAAGAAAUUAUUUGUUAUUUGAUAAAAGCUGUGGCAAGAUUUUUUUUUAAAUGGAAAGCGACAUAAGCCAUAUGGAGGGGGAAUUAAUCGAAAGGAGGAGAGCGACCACCUUGGAAGAGUGUUCCCGUAUAAUCGGGGUGAACGGCGUGGCUCGUCACAACAGAGACUCGUUUAAACAACUGUUGCUGGAUCUGACGUUGAUGGAAAAAGUGUUUUCAUUGUUCGACCGCAAUCAGGAUAAAAUAUUGACGCAGGAUGAGUGGAUCGAAUUCCUGAAGGGAAGAUUGAAAAAUGACAAACCAAACGAUCUUAUUAUCCAGCUCGAGAACGUUGCAUACAGCAUAUGUGGCGAUAAUCCUGUAACUUUUCCGAAAUUUCAACAGAUAUUUUCUACUAAAGAGAUCGUAGAUAAAUUAUUUCGACGGAUCGACGAAGAAAACUUGGGAUAUGUAACAUCGUUUCAAAUCAUGGAAUUCCUCUCGACCAUUAGCAAUACAAGACCGCUCGCCGGCUUCGACAAGCGCAGCUUGGAAUGGCUGGAAAAACUUUUUAAACAGACGGUGGGCAAUGAAAAGGAAAUCAGGCGCGAGGAAUUUAACAAAAUCGUCACUUCGAAGAACCCGUUUUUCACUGACCGGGUGUUCCAAAUUUUCGACAAGGAUAAUUCUGGAACGAUAUCGCUUCAAGAGUUCCUCGAUGCGAUGCAUCAGUUCGCUGGAAAAAGUCCCGACGAUAAGAUAAAAUUUCUCUUCAAAGUUUACGACAUAGAUGGUGACGGAUUAAUACAACUUCGUGAAUUGGAACACGUGAUGAGAGCCUGUAUGGAAGAAAAUGGUAUACAAUUUAACGAAGAACAAAUUGAGGAAUUAACUAUGGCUCUGUUUGAUGAUGCUGAUCAAGCUAACCGAGGUGCCAUCACCUUCGAAGCCUUAAAAAAACAAUUGGAGAAGCACGAAGGCUUAUUAGAAAAUUUAUCGAUUAGUAUCGACCGAUGGCUGGUACCGCCAAAGCCGGAAACGAAGCGAAAAUCACGGUUAGAAUUUCUCACCGCUUCAUUGCGUCCUUAUCAGUUAACGAAGCCAUAUAUGAAAAACAAUUACGUUUACAUCGUUUUCAUCUCGAUCUUCGUCUCGAUCAAUGUGGCCUUAUUCCUAACAAGACUCUACGAAUAUAGAACGUCUAAUGGCUACGUCAUGGUAGCGCGUGCCUGUGGUCAGUGUUUAAACUUCAACUGCAGUUUCAUCCUGGUUCUUAUGUUGCGUCAGUCCAUUACCUUCCUACGAACUCAUCGCUUUAAUUCUCUACUGCCGUUAGAUCAACAUAUCUAUCUUCACAAAGUGACUGGAGCUCUAAUCGGUAUCCUCAGCGUAGUGCACACGGUUAUGCACCUUCUUAAUUUUGGCACUAUAGUGGUGUAUGACGAGGCUUUUAACUACAACAACUAUACAAUGUCUGAGUGGCUAUUAACAAGUCGGCCAGCUCUAUUCGGGCUCGUAGGAGGUUAUGCAAACCCUACUGGAGUCAUCCUUAUCGUUCUUCUUGUCGUAAUAACGACGUGCUCCAUGCCAUUUGUUCGACGCGGUGGAUGUUUCGAGGUAUUUUAUUGGUCACACUUAUUAUACAUACCAUUCUGGAUUUUGAUGAUACUACACGGACCGAAUUUCUGGAAAUGGUUCAUAGGACCAGGUACCAUAUACAUGCUGGAAAGGAUACGUCGAAUUGCCUGGUCUCGUUCACAAUUGGGAAAAACGUACAUAAGCUCAGGCCUUCUGUUACCAUCGAGAGUGACGCAUUUAGUCAUCAAGAGACCUCCGCAUUUCGUCUUCCAUCCCGGCGAUUAUGUUUUCGUCAACAUUCCAGUUAUAGCACGUUACGAAUGGCAUCCUUUCACUAUUAGCAGCGCUCCAGAACAAGAAGGCUACAUAUGGCUUCACAUACGAGCAGUAGGUGAAUGGACGAAUAGUCUUUACUCGUACUUUGAGAAAGAGCAGAUAAAACUUCAAAGAAACAAUAUAUUUUCUGUUGAGAGUUGCAGCAGCACCGACGCACCUAAGAAAAUAUAUCUUAACGAAAAACAACAACUAAAUGCCAAUGACAAGAUACUCUCUCCCAAUACGACAAACGGAAAUCAUCGUUGUUUCGACAAUUCUGUGUUUGUUCCUGAUAGUGAAAAAACAAUACACUCGCCACAGUCUGCAAGCGGCACAGCAGAUAACAACACGUUAUCGAACAAGCGGGAACUUUGUCAUUCGCUGUUCACUAGCAGGAUCCCUUUGGAAAAGUCUAUUUCGGUACCUAACAUGCUGUCAGGAAGGAAGAAAAGUGAAAGAUUGGCUGUACUUCGCGAUUACACGAGAUCAGAAUCAGAAAGAAACUUCAACGACCGUGAAAUACGCCAUAAGCGUUUAAAAUCUCUAGACCAGGCCUAUUCCAGCCCGCAGAAUAAAGGAUUGGCACAAAGCUUCCGGUACAUGCGAAAUAAACCCACAAUAAUUGCUUUCAAGACUCCAAGUCUGGAAAACUACGAAUUAGAAUCAACAACAUCGGCGAACGGAUACACAACGCCGCAAGCAACUGUGGACGAAUACGGAAGAAAAUCAUCGAAUAAUCCAAUAAUAAUUACGAUGCAAGCAGCAGCAGAGGAAGGUAGACUACAAAUGAAAUUCGAAGAGACUUCGAAAAGAGAUUACGAUGAUAUGAAAUCUGACGCUCCUUCGGAUAUAACACCAAACUAUACCGUCGGCAAACCAUUGGAGAUUUUUCUGGAUGGACCAUACGGAGCUCCUUCGAGUCACAUAUUUCAGGCCCAACAUGCGGUUUUAAUCGCAACGGGAAUCGGAGUAACACCUUUCGCUUCGAUAUUACAGUCCAUCAUGCAUCGUUACUGGAAAGCCAGGCAUACUUGUCCAAAAUGCAAAUUCUCCUGGGCCAGUGAAAUACCUCCCACCGUGAUGCAUCUUCGUAAGGUGGACUUUUUCUGGAUCAAUAGAGAUCAACGAUCCUUUGAAUGGUUCGUGAAUUUAUUAUCGCAACUAGAAAUGGAACAAGCAGAGUUAGGCAUCGCUAUGGAGCGUUUCCUUGAAAUGCACAUGUACAUUACCAGUGCUUUGCAGAAGAACGAUAUGAAAGCCGUUACCUUGCAGCUAGCUAUGGACUUGGUUCACCAAAUGGAAAAACGGGAUCUUAUAACAGGUUUAAAAACACGGACGAAUGCUGGCCGACCGAACUGGGAUAAAGUAUUCAAGCAGCUUCAGGAUCAGAAGAAAGGCAAAGUGACAGUCUUUUACUGUGGUCCGCCGCAACUGGCAAGAAUUUUACGUUACAAGUGCGACCAAUUCGGUUUUAUCUUUAGAAAAGAGUCAUUUUAAGCUUUUUAAGAGGAGAAACCAUACCAUAAUGUUUAUUUAUUUAUUACAUCGUACUGUUGCGAGACACGUUUAUAAAAUCUUCAUUCAUCAUCUAUUAUGUUUGAAAAGUAAUGGCAUACGCCUGGAACUAAAUGAUCCAUUAUACAGCGAAUGUUAUCUAAUUUUGUUUCGUCUAGAAUCAGUAUAAUCUUUUCAGUAAUGUCAUCCAAAUACAAAAAUUUUACUUCAUGUUAUUCAUAAUUCUGGCUGUUUCGUGCAUCAACCAAAUUGUUAUUAAUACAAGGAGAAAAUUUAUUUGUCGUUCUGUCAUAAUCGGAAAAUUUGUCAAAAUGCGACUACGGGACCAACUAACGAUCGUCAAAUUACUUUUUCUCAAAUUUGCAAUCAGAAUUGCGAUAUUUGGCUAAUUUCAAAUGUGUAACAACUUCAUACGUCAUACGAUGUCUGUAUGUAUACCUCUGGCCGACGAGACGAGGCAGUAAACGUAAUCAAAUUUUAUUUACUAUAUGGUUUAGCGAAUAUAUAUCGGUCUGCUUAUUCUGCAGAACAUUUUAUUUGUUAUUAGAAGUAAGAAGCAAUAAAGGAAAUUAAACUCGAAAGUUAAGUUAAUUUAUUAAAAAUAAAUAUAUAAGAAUAACUAAAGAUUAAUGACGAAGACGGUUAAUUUGAAAUCACAUCAAAACCGUCAAAGUUAAUUAAAAGAAAUAGAACAAGCGCGUUACAAGAAUAUAUGUAAAUAGAAAAUUCAUCUAAAUAAAUGAAGUUGAAAUAAUCAAACUGUCCGAUUCAUUUUAUAUAA